CCUAGACUCAGUCAAUACAGGGGAGAUGUUGGUAUCUACACUACGUUGGGGGAGAUGUUGGUAUCUACACUACGUUGGGUAUCUACACUACGUUGGAGGAGAUGUUGGUAUCUACACUACGUUGGGGGAGAUGUUGGUAUCUACACUACGUUGGGGGAGAUGUUGGUAUCUACACUACGUUGGGGGAGAUGUUGGUAUCUACACUAUGUUGGGGGAGAUGUUGGUAUCUACACUACGUUGGGUAUCUACACUACGUUGGGGGAGAUGUUGGUAUCUACACUACGUUGGGGGAGAUGUUGGUAUCUACACUACGUUGGGUAUCUACACUACGUUGGGGGAGAUGUUGGUAUCUACACUACGUUGGGGGAGAGGUUGGUAUCUACACUAUGUUGGGGGAGAUGUUGGUAUCUACACUAUGUUGGGGGAGAUGUUGGUAUCUACACUACGUUGGGGGAGAUGUUGGUAUCUACACUACGUUGGGGGAGAUGUUGGUAUCUACACUACGUUGGGGGAGAUGUUGGUAUCUACACUACGUUGGGGGAGAGGUUGGUAUCUACACUACGUUGGGGGAGAUGUUGGUAUCUACACUACGUUGGGGGAGAUGUUGGUAUCUACACUACGUUGGGGGAGAUGUUGGUAUCUACACUACAUUGGGGGAGAUGUUGGUAUCUACACUACAUUGGGGGAGAUGUUGGUAUCUACACUACAUUGGGGGAGAUGUUGGUAUCUACACUACGUUGGGGGAGAUGUUGGUAUCUACACUACGUUGGGGGAAAUGUUGGUAUCUACACUACAUUGGGGGAGAUGUUGGUAUCUACACUACAUUGGGGGAGAUGUUGGUAUCUACACUACAUUGGGGGAGAUGUUGGUAUCUACACUACGUUGGGGGAGAUGUUGGUAUCUACACUACGUUGGAGGAGAUGUUGGUAUCUACCCUACAUUGGGGGAGAUGUUGGUAUCUACACUACAUUGGGGGAGAUGUUGGUAUCUACACUACGUUGGGGGAGAUGUUGGUAUCUACACUACGUAGGGGGAGAUGUUGGUAUCUACACUUUGUUCGGGGAGAUGUUGGUAUCUACACUACGUAGGGGGAGAUGUUGGUAUCUACACUACGUUGGGGGAGAUGUUGGUAUCUACACUACAUUGGGGGAGAUGUUGGUAUCUACACUACAUUGGGGGAGAUGUUGGUAUCUACACUACGUUGGGGGAGAUGUUGCCUACGUUGCCAGUUUUCUUCUUCGUGUAACGAGGCUGAGGUCAGACAACGCAACGUUCACACAAUUUUAGUUUCAGUUACGGUUUGAAAGUGACAUCGUUUCAAACAAUUUUGCUGAUUACGGGACACAACUCAAACACACCUGAAAUCGCCCGCAACAGUCAAUCACAUUGAAUCUGCUUUAGUCAUGUCAAUCCAAAUAAUGUUAUAACCCACCUCAUAGACCAAUGAUUAUUAUAAUGUUAUAAACCCACCUCAUAGACCAAUGAUUAUUAUAAUGUUAUAAACCCACCUCAUAGGUCAAUGAUUAUUAUAAUGUUAUAAACCCACCUCAUAGACCAAUGAUUAUUAUAAUGUUAUAAACCCACCUCAUAGACCAAUGAUUAUUAUAAUGUUAUAAACCCACCUCAUAGACCAAUGAUUAUUAUAAUGUUAUAAACCCACCUCAUAGGUCAAUGAUUAUUGUAAUGUUAUAAACCCACCUCAUAGACCAAUGAUUAUUAUAAUGUUAUAAACCCACCUCAUAGGCCAAUGAUUAUUAUAAUGUUAUAAACCCACCUCAUAGACCAAUGAUUAUUAUAAUGUUAUAAACCCACCUCAUAGGUCAAUGAUUAUUAUAAUGUUAUAAACCCACCUCAUAGACCAAUGAUUAUUAUAAUGUUAUAAACCCACCUCAUAGACCAAUGAUUAUUACAAUGUUAUAAACCCACCUCAUAGACCAAUGAUUAUUAUAAUGUUAUAAACCCACCUCAUAGGUCAAUGAUUAUUAUAAUGUUAUAAACCCACCUCAUAGACCAAUGAUUAUUAUAAUGUUAUAAACCCACCUCAUAGACCAAUGAUUAUUAUAAUGUUAUAAACCCACCUCAUAGGUCAAUGAUUAUUAUAAUGUUACAAACCCACCUCAUAGACCAAUGAUUAUUAUAAUGUUAUAAACCCACCUCAUAGGUCAAUGAUUAUUAUAAUGUUAUAAAC